AUGGGUCCGACAAAUAUGCCCUUGUGGGCUCGCGAUACAGCCAGUGAUCUGGAAUCGGUCCCCUCUACUUUCACCAGCUGGGAUAAGUGUAUGGCCAAGUCAUACUGCAAAUGGCCCGUCAUCGUCGGUAUCAUCGUCGGCUCCGUGAUUGUAAUCGCCAUCCUUGCCUGCAUAGUCAACUGCCUCUGCUGUGGCUACCAAUGCUGUAAAGGAUGCUGCAGUUGCUGCUGCCCCUCCGGCCGGCGCAGAAACAAGCAGCCCAAACACUAUGACGAGCCAAUCUACCACCAACCCCCACCUCCAGUGCCGAACCCGGUGUAUCAGGCUCCGCCUGCCCCGCCAGUUUAUCGCGGUGUAAACUCCACGGCCACCUUCGACGCCUCCUCCAAGCCCGGCGCAACCUCCACUGCCAAUGAAGAUGCGCUGCCGGCUAUGCCUACUUGGGCCUCUGCCGUCGAUAAGCACGUCGAGGACCACACCCAUGAAGACGUGGAGAUGGAGCCCUUGAACCCUCCGGACCGCAAGCAGGCCGGUACGCCAGGCCACCCUGGCACCGCUUUCUCGGAUUAUCCUCCGGAUCGUGGCUCUCCUCUGGCUGGUUACAGAGGCUUCAACCCCACCGAUCCUUACGCUCGCCGGUCCCCUGGCCCCGCGGCCGCUUUGGCUGCUACCGAGGACCCCUAUGGUCGCCGCUCACCUGGUGCCCUCCACGCACUGAACACAUCACCCGUUGAUCCAUACGGACGCCGUUCCCCAGGCCUGGCAUCCCCAACACCAGCCGUCGAUCCUUACAAUCGGCGCUCGCCCGGCCCAUCCGCUGCAAUGGACCCCUACGGCCGCCGCUCUCCAGGCCCAGGGGCCGCCUACGCAGCCCAAGAUCCCUACGGCCGCGGCUCCCCCGGAGCCCACAACACACCCCCCAUGGACCCCUACAACCGCCGCUCACCGGGCCUCGCAUCCCCUGUCGGCGCACGGAUGGCCUCAAACCCCUACGAGCACCAGUCCUAUAACCAGCCCUACGACGACCACAACAACAGUGGUUACCACGCCGCAACCUCCCCCUCCCCGGCUGCAGCAUACAACCACCAAUCAAACUACAGCUCCGUGCCAAUGGCUAUCACCCCCGGCACUGAACACCAUUCCCAGACACCGGGCUUCACACGCCAACCUUCAUUCGGGUCUAGCCAGUACCCGCCUACUUAUACUUCCCAGCCUCCGUAUAGAGGCUCAUCACCUUCCAUCCCCAGUUCACCACCCCCGCCUUUCCAGUCUCAGGCUCCGUCCGAGUAUACCCCGUACGGUUCGCAUGCGCAUGCGGGCCCUCAGGAACAGACUCAUGAGUACGGUGUUGCCGCGUCCGAGCCUGGUCGUAAUAGACCACCCAGUCUACUCAUGAGCGGGCGCAAGCCUGUGCCGAAUACAUAUCGCGAUGUCUAA